AUGUAUGCAACAUUCUCCAUUGGUAGCAGUGGCAGUAGCGAUAGCAACGCAAGCACACCUCCUUCUCAUAUGACUACACCCCAUGAUACGUAUUGGAUGGAUGCAUCGUCAUACUCACCUCUCCAAGAUUACAUGCAACCACCACCACCACAACAACCCGAAUGCUACCAAUAUCCUGCUUCUUCAUAUGGAUCUGCAGUCGAUACGGGAGCAACAACCGCGUUUGAUAUGCUGGAAUUCGGUGCCAGUGGUCUUGAUUGUUUUUACAAUGAUGCAUCGUCACCACCACCACCAUAUGAAUUAACUCUUCAAGCAACGUCUUCAUUGUAUAUGGAGCCUAACAACGUGCCAAUCACCACCACAACAACUACUACAGAGACCACGGUGCGUCCACUUUCGCCUCUAUCACCGCCUCUGCCAUCUUCAACAUCCACUAUGCAGAUGGACUACAGCAAUUGGUUUGUGCCACCGCCGCCAUCACAAUCAUCAUUGUCUUUGCAAUCAAACCAAGAAAUUGUGAUUCCUCAGCAACCACCCUCAAAGCGUAAAUCAUCAUCCAUCAGCUCUCAGGGAAGUUCAAGCGUGAAUGGUGAUAUUCGACCUUACGCGUGUUCAGCUUGUCCACGUGCCUUUGCGCGAAAACACGAUUUGCAACGCCAUAUUCGCGUCCAUACAGGCGACAAACCCUAUGUAUGCCUUUGUUGCAAGAAGGCUUUUGCACGCACAGAUGCACUAAAACGACAUUUACGUAUGGAAGACACUUGUCGCAUGAGCCCGGAAGUGCAAGCCAUGAAGUGUGCAGGAAAGCGUCGAUACCGAAACCUAUGA